AUUGUCGUGAAAGAAACCAUAUUAGCCACCCCUGAUGCAAAUAAGAAGCAUCGCAGCCAACAGCUGUUUGCACUACCUAUCGCAUAUCGAUAGUUGUGGGUGUCGCAGCAGGCUGCUUCCGUGGCAGAGUGCCAAAUUGAUAUCAGCUGCCAGCUGAGAAGUGAGAAAUUAAAUAACAAUAACAAACUAGAAAUAAUCACAGAAAUCGAUGGCUUUGCGCGGUUCUCACCGCCUGGAAUGGUUUUAUAGACGUUGUAUUGCUUCUCCGGUGUUUCAAAGCCACAUCCCCAACCGGAGCAGCAGUCAAAUAACGAUCAAAGACAGCGAUCCUAACAAAAAUGGUAACAGUGGGCAAGAUCGGAAAAAUGACGGACAAAAAGACAAAGGCUGGCGGAGACUAGUGCGCUUCUUUGUGCCUUUUUCCCUGGGCGCAGUGGUUAGCGCAAUGGUCAUUAAACGAGAAGAUCUCACUCCCACGAUCGGCGCCUCUAAGAUGACCGGUCGCCGGCGCGACUUUAAUUUCAUAGCCGAUGUGGUAGCUGGUUGUGCGGACUCGGUGGUGUACAUCGAAAUCAAGGACACGCGUCACUUUGACUACUUCAGCGGUCAACCGAUCACGGCUUCGAAUGGCUCUGGUUUUAUCAUAGAACAGAACGGACUCAUACUGACUAAUGCCCAUGUGGUGAUCAACAAACCGCACACAAUGGUCCAGGUGAGGCUGUCCGACGGAAGGACCUUUCCGGCCACCAUCGAGGACGUGGAUCAGACCUCUGAUCUUGCCACUCUACGCAUACAGGUGAACAAUCUGUCUGUUAUGCGGCUGGGAAAGAGCAGUACCCUACGAUCCGGCGAGUGGGUGGUGGCCUUAGGUAGUCCGCUGGCCUUGAGCAAUACGGUUACCGCAGGCGUAAUUAGCUCCACACAACGUGCAUCUCAAGAACUUGGUCUACGAAACAGGGACAUUAACUACCUACAAACGGAUGCUGCGAUCACGUUUGGCAACUCCGGCGGACCCUUGGUCAAUCUGGAUGGCGAAGCCAUUGGAGUUAACUCGAUGAAGGUUACUGCAGGCAUAAGCUUCGCCAUACCCAUUGACUAUGUUAAAGUGUUUCUGGAGCGGGCGGCCGAACGACGCAAGAAGGGCUCGGCAUACAAGACCGGCUAUCCUGUGAAGCGGUACAUGGGCAUCACCAUGCUGACGCUCACCCCGGACAUCCUGUUCGAGCUUAAGUCACGAAGCCAAAAUAUGCCCAGUAACCUCACGCACGGUGUGCUCGUAUGGAAGGUCAUCGUAGGAUCACCGGCGCACACCGGCGGCUUGCAACCUGGUGACAUAGUGACCCACAUAAACAAGAGGGAAAUAAAGAACUCCUCAGAUGUCUACGACGCUCUGGCGGACAAUAGCAAAACUUUGGACAUAGUGAUUUUGCGUGGUGUGAAGCAGAUGCGUGUGACCAUUACGCCAGAAGAUCCCUAAUGAAAACUGCACUCCGCACCUGUAAGCCAGAUCUACAACGAAAUCAUGCACGCCUGAUUUGCAAUACAUAUACAUAUGAAUACAUUUGUAAAAGAAGAGUCCGAUCCUGGGAAGAAAUCGAUAACUAACCUACGCCACACACGCUCCUUUUUCCAUCUGGAGCUCCUGCCUAUAUUUGUAUCUGACUAACGAGUAGAAAAAUUUGCAUAGAUCUCGGGCUCGUUAUCAGUUUGGUCAUUAUUAACAGCGACACGACCAUAAGUUAAUCUACGCAUCGUACAGCACAAAAAUGUAUCUUCGACUGGGUCGAUUGGGUCGUUUGUCCGUUUCCGAACAUCAUCGAUUUCUCUUUCAUGGAGCGCUGUGCGUGUCCCUGUCCAUCCGUCUGUCUUUCCGUCCGUCCGAUUGUCCCCAUCCAACAACGACAAAAAUGUAUUUACGCUAAUUGAAAUAUCUUGCGUUGCGAUCAAUCGAUGCCAUAUUUUUUAUAGGCCAAACCACUGCAGUGGUGCCGCAGAAAAUGCAGCAGCGCCGCAGCAACAACCGUCGAAUACCGAAAUGCAAAUUUCAAUAAAUUUAUGCAACUGUAUUCCCAGCGCUUUACUUGGUCCCAGCUGUUCAUACCCUCGAUUGGAGUACUUUUAAAAUUUAAAAAAUGCUUCCGAAAUAUAGAAUCAAACUUUCAGAAUCUUUUCCCUCUCUUUUAGUGCUUAUAAUGAAAAUUAAGUUAUAAAUAAAAUAAAACAAAUUAUAUUUGUUUCUCUUAAACGAUCCAAGAAGUGACCAAAUCUUAUGUAUACUUUUUAAACUGAAAGUUGAUUUUCAGUACUCAGUUCCAGUUCUUGAUUUCAUUCAAUUUGAUUCAUUAUUUUUUUAUAUAGAAAGAACAGAAUGUAUAUUUUUAAAUAACCCUAAAAAUACAAUAAAUAAAGAGUGUUAGAGUCUUAAAUGUUAUAUAGCACUCAUAAUAGAAAUAUAAAGUUUUUACCCUUGUAAAUAAACCUAAAGAGUACUCAAACUU